AUAAAAGAGGCAUUUUUCAACUUACCCCAUACCUGACACUCACCACUUCCAGGCCUAUAUACAUGAACCGAAGAGUUAGUACUUGUAUGAUAUGAUUUGUUUUUUCUAGAUAAACGGUAUGAUGUGUUUUGUUGAAUCUUCAGGAUUCUUUCGAAAUUAAGAAUGACUUCAAUAGAAGAAGAGAUGGUGUUGGAAUUUGCAGAAAGAGCAGACAAAAGAACCAACAAUAGUUGCAUUCUUACGAGUUGAUGAUGAACAACAUUGCAAACUCAAAUAAGAUAUACCUGAGCAAAGCAACAAACAGCUACUUCUCUUACUUAUGUCGUUCUCUCUUGUUGAUAUGGGAAUGACAGUAGCUACUCUUCCCAAAUCAGGAGGGAGUUUGGUCCACCACCAUAGCUCUCCAGAAAAGAGUAUAUACAAGCCUGCACUUAAGGUUUUGUUGCCUUUGCGCAACCCCAACAAGUCACAUGCUGUAGUUCCACUUAUGAAGCCCAAGUCCUCCAGUUAUUCUCAUAUAUCAACUAAAAGGAAGAAGAUGAGAAAGAGUGUUCCCUUUACCAAUCCAGAUUGCACCACUUCUGAUGUUCUGAACUUAAUGGAUGCCCUUUGCCUCCCUGUCUCUCCAGACAUGUACAAUUCUUUUAUAAGAGAAUGCACAAGCUCUGCUCACUCCCAUCGAGCUGAUGAUCUGCACGCGCAUAUCAGGCGAAGCGGCCUCCGGCAACCACCCUUAUCUUUACUGAAUCGCCUCCUCCUUAUGCAUGUGUCAUGUGGUCAUCUAGAAAUAGCUCGCCAUCUGUUUGAUGGUAUGCCUACAAAAGAUUUCAAGUCCUGGGCUACUAUUGUAGUUGCUUAUCUUAACAGAAAUGAUUACGAGGAAGCCAUGAAUUUGUUUCUGAAAAUGCUGCACCAUAUCAGUAUGCUGGAAUUUCCUGCUUGGAUCUUGGCCUGCCUUCUUAAGUCGUGUGUAUGCACAAGUAAUAUGGACUUAGGAAAACAAGUUCAUGGCUGUUCCUUAAAGUUGGGUCAUGCUAAUAAUUUGUUUUUGGCUAGUUCCUUAAUAAACUUUUAUGGGAAAUUUAGGUGUCUGGAAAGUGCCGAAAAUGUGUUUAACCAACUGGCCCAUCAUAAUUCACUCACAUGGAUGGCUAGACUGAUCAACAACUCCAAGGAAGAGCGCUUCUUUGAAGUAUUUAGAGACUUUAAGGAGAUUGGAAAGUCGGGGAUCAAGAAGAAUGCCUUGAUGUUCUCUACUGUUUUGAAGGCUUGUGCGAGAAUGCAUGAUCGUGGGCAAUGCGGUCGACAAGUGCAUGGAAACGCCAUCAAACUUGGAUUAGAUAGAGAUGUGUAUGUGCACUGUGGGUUGGUUGAUAUGUAUGGAAGAAGUGGGCUUGUUAGAGAUGCAAAAAGGGUGUUUGAAAUGAGUAGUGACAAGACUAGUAACGCAUGUUGGAAUGCCAUGAUUGGUGGUUAUAUACGAAAUGGGUUAUAUGUUGAGGCCAUUAAGAUUCUCUAUGAAAUGAGGGCAACUGGAUUGCAGCUUCAACCAUCUCUGCUCGAUGAAUUGAGGAUUGCUUGUGGUAGUAAUACUCUCAUUUCCAUGGAGAACUUUACCCCAAAUAGAGAAUGAAGUUAGAAAUUGGGAUAAAGAAAAAGGCAUUGCUGCUAUUAUUCUUGUUAAUAAUAGAUUUUAGAAUCAUUAACUCGAAUGAUAUAAUGUUGGGUAGAAAAUUUAGUAUUAUUUUGUAAAUAUUAAUCACAGUUCACCGUCUUUUGUUGUAUAUAUCAGUUAUAAUAGAGUCACAGUUGGUAUUGCUAUAA